ACGUGGAUAUAUGUGUGUGUGUGUAUAAAGAGAAGAGAAGACGAUGUCAGGGGCACAAGGAGCACAGCCGCCGGAAUCAUUCACGGCGACGACCUACGAGUCGGUGAAAGGUGGGCAGAACAAGACCCGGUUCGACCCCCGGUCCAAGGAGGACGAGGGCGGAAUCCAAAUCGACAAAAUUCAGGACAAAGUUGACGAUGCCGCCGGUUUAGGGGGCCCUGUUUUUGGAGCCGGCAAGGACGACGACGCCGCCGACCACCACAAAGAUGAUUUAGGCGUUACGGGCACCGCCUAGGCCUAAUCAUUACCUGCUGCUUUCAUAUAUAUGCUCUAUGUAUCAUACUACUUUGAUAAAUAAACCCACGGAUCUAUGUAUUGUGAUCAUAUAUGUUUUACGGCAAAAUAUCAAUCUUUCCAGUGGUUUUAGCUGUCCAUAAGAUUUAAUAUCAUAAAUUCAUAUAUAUACAAGUCGCUGCAAUUGAUUCUAUGCAAA